UGAUGUCCAAGCGCAAGCUUACCCUCGUGGUUGCCGCUUUUGUGGUCGUCUCUCUAAUUUCCUUUAAUUCUUCUUCUUCCUUUCAAUUUCUGUACAGAGCUCUUCCGCCUGCGAAUGUGGUCAACGACAACUCGCAAGCAGAGCUUUUGAAGCCAUCUGAGCCUGACGAUGGGAAAUUCCACUGGAGUAUGGCGCUCCAGCGAUAUCCCGUAUCGUCUAUGACCCCCAUUCCCACGGGCAGGACAAAGAUGCCCCGGAUCCAGCACACGUUUAAUGCCGAGAAUGACAAGGCACGUGAGUUGCGACUGACCCGCCUGGCCGCCGUCAAGGACAACUUUACGCAUGCGUGGAGCGGCUAUAAGAAGUAUGCAUGGUUGAGCGACGAAGUGGCACCGAUCUCCGGUGCUGCUCACAACUCGUUCGGAGGCUGGGCCGCAACACUUGUGGAUUCACUCGAUACUUUGUGGAUUAUGGGUCUCAAGGAAGAAUUCGAAGAAGCUGUCCAUGCGAUCGAUCAGAUUGACUUCACUACGUGUGCUCUUGAAGACAUCAACGUUUUCGAGACUACAAUUCGUUACUUGGGUGGCUUUCUUGCUGCCUAUGACUUGAGCCAAGGCAGGUAUCCUUCACUUCUUCAGAAGGCGACUGAAAUGGGUGACAUGCUCUAUGCCGCCUUUGAUACGCCCAAUCGUAUGCCCAUCACCAGAUGGAACUUCAAAGCUGCAGCAGAGGGCGCUCCACAAGAAGCACCAGAGUCAGCCUUGGUUGCUGAAAUUGGUUCUCUGACGCUGGAGUUUACACGUCUCUCGCAGCUCACCAACAAUCCCCGUUACUACGAUGCUAUCCAGCGUAUUAUGGACGUUUUUGAGGUGCAGCAAAACGACACCAAACUUCCAGGGAUGUGGCCCAUUGCUGUCAAUGCCAAAGACCUCGAUUUCACUGAUUACGGCGGAUUUACUAUUGGUGGUAUGGCUGAUAGUCUGUACGAAUAUUUCCCGAAGCAACAUAUGCUCCUUGGCGGGGCAACGGAGCAGAACAGGAGGCUCUUUGAAAUUUCAGCAGCUGCUAUGAAGAAGCAUAUGAUCUACAGACCGAUGACGCCUGGAAACCUCGACAUUUUAAUGCCUGGCGAUAUUUCAUCAGACGGUCUACAUAUCCGUCUAGAUCCCAGGAACCAACAUCUGACCUGCUUUGCUGGCGGCAUGUUUGCAAUUGCGGGGAAGAUAUUCCAGAACAAGGAGGACGUAGAUGUCGGCCGCAAGCUCACUGAUGGUUGUCUCUGGGCAUACGAAACGAAUCCUCACGGCAUCAUGCCGGAAAUCAUGUACACGAUUCCGUGUGAAGAUGGCUCUGCCUGUCGGUGGAACGAACAGAAGUGGCUUGACGAGGUCAUGCAAGCUUUCAAAGAACUCGGCGGCGAUUCAAGAAAACUCGUCCAGGAGAAGCAUCUGCAGAAGGGCAUCUCUAGAGUGGCCGAUACACGUUAUAUCCUCCGUCCCGAGGCCAUCGAGUCGGUCUUCAUCCUGUAUCGCAUCACUGGUGACCAACAAUAUUCAGAGCGAGCGUGGAGAAUGUUUGAGAACAUUGUCGCGAACACCAAAACCGACAUCGCUCACGCGGGCCUCGACGACUGCAUAACCCCAAACCCGCCCAAAUCUGACCGGAUGGAGUCGUUUUGGCUCGCCGAAACGCUCAAGUACUUCUACCUGAUCUUUUCGGAUCCCAGCCUCGUCAGUCUCGACGAAUACGUUUUGAACACGGAGGCACAUCCGUUGAAGCGGCCGACGUGA